AUGUCUACCUCUAGACCACCCAAGAGACAGAGGAUAUACCGGGCAUGUGAUCAAUGUCGUCGAAGAAAAUCAAAAUGUGACGGUGAACAGCCAUCUUGCUCCAUCUGCCGGGGGGCUGAUCGUUCCUGCACAUACGAAAACGGAGGCGGAAGACGAGGCCUGGCCCCCGGAUAUGUCAGAAGCCUGGAGACGAUUCUUGGACUGGUGAUUCAGCAUGUGCCAAAAAGCGAGAGCAUCGUACACGAGCUGUUGGCCAAGUCACGAAACAAUGAUCACUUCCUCGCGAAAGACCCUGCGACUCUUUGGCGCAAGUCUCGACUCGCCAAGGAAUUGCCUCUGCUUCUUGAGAACGAACCACAAGAUUUUUCCGCGCUAAUCACCCACGAAGAACCUGAGUGGGAUCUAGAUAUCUCAAACACGCCAGGUCUCAUCGCCGGUGAUGCUUUGCCCACAACUUCCGAGUUGAAUGACUUGGCACAGCCACAGGCCACGCCAAAAGUCAAUCAAAUCCCAUCAGGCAUCCUUGAGCAAUCAUUUCCGACUGAUACCCUCGACAUGCUAGAGAGUUAUUUCAAAUAUACCCACUCCUGGUUUCCCAUUAUGGAGCACCAUGACCUCUUAAGAACAAUGCAUACCAGUACCCAAUCGCACACGGACCCAGCCAAGGGAUCUCACUUGGCUCUUUGGGCCAUCGUGGCAUAUGAGAUCUUCACCAAUAAAAGCACCGACACCGCUUAUCCGGACCAUUCGCAACUCCAAAUUGCGAUCUUCUCUGGCGCAAUGGCCCAGUCAUCAAAAUUGGAGUUAGGCCAUAUACAAGCUCUUCUUAUACUUGCAUUGCUGCAGCUCAAACUAGGAGAUCUGUCAUACGCCUGGAGGCUGUCUGGCUUGGCUUCAAGAAUGCUGGCCUCCCUACCUUCAGCAGCCAAGAAAGACCGAUUUCAGCACACAUUUCAUGGAUGUGCACUACUCGACAACAUGACUUCCGCACUUCUCAGGAGAACACCAUGCAUGUCUUUGAUGGAGCAACAGGAACAUGGAAGCAUAAACGAAGACAGUAUGGAAGAAUGGACCGUCUGGAGAGUUUCUUCAAGUCGUUCUGAGGGCCCGCACCGCGACCAGCCUCAAGGGCCCCUGAGAGCCUUGAGUAUUUUCAAUAAGCUCGGCAAGCUCAUGGAAUAUUUGACGAGAAUUAUAAGCCCUUCGGACAAUAUGACCAAUACAGAUGCUUGCGAGCUCCUCAGCAUCUUGCAGGCAGAGCAGAAACUACUCAUUGAAAAACAUCCGUACAGCUACAGUGCGGCUUGUGUCAAUCCCCCCGUCCUAGUGUUGCAUUUGACUUGCAAUUUUGUUAUCCUCGCACAUUGCAACAAAAUCCCUCAAGCUAUGGCCACCACCGGAGAUGAUUUGACCGGUCGGCUGUUGCAAUCGACUGUUGACCUGCUGGACUUAUAUGCGAAAAUCACCGGAGUAAUCCGCAUAUCUCCAUUACUGCAUUGCUUUGCAUUGCAAUGUAAACAGGGCUUAGGCACCGGCCUCUUGAAUAUUUCCCCAGAACAGAUGGGGUUGGUAGAAAAUCGACUAUCCCCUUACCUACCUCACUUGGAGGCAGAAGUGGCAACUUGCGAUAAAACAUUGUUUGGCACGCAGGCGGUUGAUGCCGAUAUAUCUGCUGGACUAUCCCUCGCCCAGAAAAUGGAUACUGCGGGGGAUGCGUUACCCACCGUGUAUGUUCAACCGAGUGAAGUGCAACUGUCUGUUCAACAUGCGCUUCCUACUCCUGCAAAUUCGAUCAUCCCGGCACCAGACUCACCGGGGCUUGUAUCCAAUUACCCACCCAGAGAGAAUCCAUUUGGAGAAACCGGUGUCUUUGAUGCACUGUUUGAAGAAAUGGUGACUUCUAUCCCGUCCAACAGACGAGAGCCGACAUUUGCUCGAAACCUAGGCUUCUAUGCGGGGGACUUGGACAAGGACUUUUUGGAACAGCUCCAACGGCCAACAGAUGGUUGA